AAACAGUCAAAUAUGUCCAGUGUGGUGACCGGGGACUACGGUGGCCUAACUGGAUCAGUUAUGGGUACCUGUAAGGGUCAAUGUCGAAGGGACUGUGCUGUGAUUGGAUUCCGAGUCUCUUGGGGGGGAGCCGUAUUGGGGGACGGAGGUUUGUAGGAGUCAGUGUCAGGGGUCUGUGAAGAUGUUCUGCGAAUGUAUUGGAAUUAAUAAACGAAGGUUCUUUGAAGUGUCUUGAUUGGCAGGAUGCGUGUGUUCUUUCUGGGAAAAAUAAUGACAUGUCCAUCUGUGACAGCAUCUCAGAGUAUGCCUGGUUUCUUACUUGGACGCAACCAAGAUGGGUGUGACCGCGCCUGUGGUUAGACAACAAAGAAUUUACUGAGUUCCCAGGUGUCCUGCAGAUGUUUGGAUCCUGCCAUCUUGCUGGACAGUAGGGCUAUCCAGCUCCUGCCAGCCCUCAGGGCCACAGAAAUUCGUCCACCUCUGCAGAAGACCCCGCCAGUGUCUGCAGCUAAGGGUCUCCACUCUUUUUCCAAGAACAGCAGAAAAUGAUUGAGUACCAGCUUCAGCAGAGACCUGUGUCAUUCAAAGAUGUGGUUGUGGGCUUUACCCAAGAGGAGUGGCGCCGGCUGAAUCCUGCUCAGAGGGCCCUGUAUCGGGAUGUAAUGCUGGAGACCUACAGUAACCUGGUCUCAGUGGGUUACGAAGGCACCAAACCAGAUGUGAUCCUCAGGCUGGAGCAGGAAGAAGCACCAUGGAUUUGUGAGGCAGUGUGCCCGGGCUGCCAUUGUCAGGAAGACUUCUGGUCAGUUAAUAUCCAGAGGAAUAGACGGCAAGAUGUGCUUUUGGGGCAAGGUGCAUUCAUCAGCAAGAAAACACUGCCCACAGGAAAACCCCAUGAAUGUAAUAAGUUUGAGAAAAUACCACUUUUGAGCACUGAUCUUUUUUCUUCAAUUCAAAACCCUAAUAACUGGGAUUCUUGUGGAAAGAGUUUGAACCAUAAUUUAGACUUGAUUUGUUGUAAGAAAAACUAUGCAAAAAAGCAAGAUGGAUGUUAUGGAUAUGAGAAAUUGGUACAGCGUACAGACCAUGAUAGAAGAUCUAAUGGAGAAAAGCCCUGGGGUUGCCGUCUGUGUGAGAAAGCUCUCAGCUGUAAUCCAGCAGUUAUGUAUAAACCAGCAACAACCAAUUCUCUUAUGUACAGACCAAAGAGGGUUCCACCUACAGAGAAACCCCAUGUCUGCAGUGAGUGUGGGAAAGCCUUCUGCUACAAGUCUGAAUUCAUUAGGCAUCAGAGAAGUCACACGGGGGAGAAGCCUUAUGGAUGCACUGACUGUGGGAAAGCCUUUUCACAUAAGUCAACACUUAUUAAGCAUCAGAGAAUUCACACUGGGGUAAGACCCUUUGAAUGCUUUUUUUGUGGUAAAGCCUUUACCCAGAAGUCACAUCGCACAGAACAUCAGAGAACACAUACAGGAGAGAGACCCUUUGUGUGCAGUGAAUGUGGCAAGUCAUUUGGUGAGAAAUCAUAUCUCAAUGUACAUCGAAAAAUGCACACAGGGGAAAGACCCUAUCGUUGCAGAGAAUGUGGAAAAUGUUUCAGCCAGAAGUCAUGCCUCAAUAAACACUGGAGGACUCACACAGGGGAAAAACCUUAUGGUUGUAAUGAAUGUGGCAAAGCUUUCUAUCAGAAGCCAAACCUCAGUAGACAUCAGAAAAUUCAUGCUAGGAAGAAUGCCUAUAGGAAUGAAAAUUUAAUAAUUGUGGGAAAGCCUUGAGCAAGACACAGAGCUUCAUUGGGUUUGGAGGAAUUCAACUGUAGGAGAAAUUUACCAAUUUAAUGAAUUUGGACAAAAAGAGUUUUAUUACAAGGGAAACCAUGCUCCAAUUUGAUAAUGAACAUAUAGAAAAGGUUAGAGAAAAUACUUUAUGAUAUUUACACAUGGUUACUCUGGCAGAGAAAAGUUUAAGGAUUUAUUAGAUAGAAUGCAAGCAGAACACAAAUGUAUGCAAAGAGACUUAGAAGUAUAUAUGGUAUAUUCCUCAGCGAGCUGCAUAAUAACUAUUUGUAUUUUAGCAUUGUAAAUGUGAAUUUAAUAUAAAUCAUGAGUGUCAAACCCUAUGUCACAGUCUAUUAGAGUGCCAUUUACCAAACUUUUCCACUUUAAAUAUUGCCAGUAUCUUUUAUUGUGUUAACAAUUUAAAAAUAAUAACACUACAGCCCAGCUAUUUUGAGAACUCUUAAUAUAUUACACCAGCUGCAUUUUCUCUGCCUUGUUUGUAAUAAAUAUAAAUGGCAAAGCAGUUGUUGUUGACCCCUUUUCUGAAUAAUAAAGCAAUGUUUUUAAUGUAUUUUGAUGCCAAUGAAAAAGUGUGAUUGUUUAUGUUGAAAAUGAAAGCUAAGGAAUAGUUUACCUUCCUGACAUUGUAUAAACAAAACACUUGUAAGUUCAUUACUCAGUACAAUAUUUGACCAAAACAAGUGUUGCCCUGUUAUAAUGGACAUUUUAUUUUCUUGGUACUAAUUAAAAAUAUCUUUCAGCAACUUAGAAGAAUUACUUUUUUUUUUUUGAGACAGGGUCUUGCUAAAUUGCUGAGUUUGACCUCCUGCUUAAGCCUCCAGAGUUGCUUGGAUUGCAGGCAUGUGCCACCACACCUAGCAUAAGAGACACCUUUUGUACAGGUCUUAGAAUUCAGAAAUAUUUUACACAGAAAUCAAUUGAGUGGAAUUUCUUUUUUAUUGCAAAUUGAUGCAGCAUCCACCUUUCUUCCCCCAUACCUUUCCUUGUGAUUGUCCUGGACAUGUACUCCAAGUUUUCCAUCAUUCCAGUGUUUUAAAAACAUCUGCUUCUUUGAGUUGCCAUGUUGUCUUUAUAAGAAAAGAAAUGGACUUGAAAUCCAUACUUUUCAAGAUUUGCCUCCCUGUAUGAUUGCCUGAUCUGAAUAAAAAGAGAUAUAACCACAGAUAUAGACAUGAUUAAAAGAGUAAUAAAAAGAUUCUUGUAUAACUCUAAAUAAAAAUGUUUUUAAAAUAAAGGAAAUGGAUCCUCUCUAGCAAACUAUAUGUUAUAUAAAUUGCAAUAUGAAAUAGAAACUUGUAGCUAGGCAUGGGUACACACCUGUAAUCCCAGCAAUUGGGAGGCUGAAGCAAAAGGAUCGAGAGUUCAAAGCCAGCCUCAGCAACUUAAUGAGGCCCUGUCUCUAAAUAAAUAAAAUGGGCUAGGGAUUUGGGUCAGUGAUUAAGCACCCCUGGUUCAAUCCCUGGUGCCAAAGAAAGAAAGAAAGAAACAAAGAAAGAAAGAAAAAAGGAAUAGAAAACUUGAUAUAACAAGUACCAUUGAAGAAUUUGGUAAUGUGAUUAAGGACUUAUAAUCGAAGACUGCUUCAGGCCCAAAUAACUUCUUGAUUAAUUCUGUCCACUCUUCUAAAGAAAGCAUUACCAGUGUUUUUACAAUAAUUCAAUCCAUAGAUGAUUGUAUAAUCUAGUUUAUUUUAUGAA